CGAGAAGGCUCGUUGUUUGGCCUGGUUAACGAGCUCGUUGCUUUGCAGGUUCGGGCGAAGGAACCUGUUGAUGAUUAGCGUGGCUACUGUGGGCAGUCUGGGGCUGGCACUCCACUUUGUCCGGAGACUAAUUGUGUUCCUGAGUCUCCGUUUUAUCCAGGCCAUCUUUGUACAGGGUGUGUAUGUUACGAGUUGGACCCUGGUGGCUGAACUCUUCCCCCCUAGAUGGAGAUGUCGGGCCCUGGUGGCCGGAGGCAUGGCCAGGCCCCUGGGCGUGGCUCUGGGGGCCCUUGUGGCUCUCUUGGUCCAACAUUGGAGGGCCGUCCAACUGGCCAUCUCUCUGCCACUCCUCAUAUCUCUGCUCUAUUGCUGGAUGAUCCCGGAGUCCCUCAGAUGGCUCCUGACCAGAGGCAAGACUAGACGAGCCAGAUUAGUGGCCGGCCAACUGGCCAGACACAAUCUACUCACCCUGCCGCCCACCGCCCACGCCCAGAUGGACCAUCUGGCCGCCCACGUCUACCUGGACGCCCCCUGGGGAAGCCUCCUCACCCUCUUCAGAACUCCUCGACUCAGGAAACACACACUCAUCGUUGUCUUCAUCUGGUUAGCAGUGUCGCUGGCAGACAGCGGAUUCCGGAGCGAACUAGCGGGCCAGGAUGGCCCAGGGCAGCUCAUGAUCCUCCUAGGAGGCCCGGGCCAGCUAGGAUCGCUGCUGGGGGCCGGAGUGGAGGCUGGAGCCGUGGUUCUAGCCGCGGUUCUCACCACCCAGUUCUAUCGAAGGGCCUUUCUCAUCUUCACUCUCAUCCUGGCGGCGGCCCUGUCGCUUGCGGUCAUCUGCGUCUUACAGCUGGUCAAGGAGUCGUGGAUGGACGUCCUCGCCCUGGCUACAGCCUUACGGUUCGUGGGCGUGCUCAUCGUGGGCGGAGCGAGGGUGGGCGUGGGCGUGGUGAGUGUGGAGGUGGCGCCCACUACUGCUCGGGCUUCAGCUGUGGGGCUCUGCGCCGCCCACGCUGCUUUGGGGGAGAUUCUGACCCCGCUUCUCUCUAUUGUGGCUGAGCUGACGUAUCCAUCAGUGCCCUGGCUGACGUCAACAGCGGGGUGCCUGGUGGCAGCGUUGCUGACACUCCUGCUGCCAGAAACUUCCGGCACGUCUCUUCCAGACAUAGUAGACGAGGCGGAGGUCGUCGGAUUGUGUUACGAAGGAGACAUCCUUAAGACGUGCGACGACGGCUACGGCAAGAGCCCUUACUGGGUGAAAGUCGGCGGAGUUAUCGUCAGCCGGAGCGUUUCUGAAGCCGGCCUCAACGACGAUGACGACAGAUUCGCGAGUCUCGAUCGCAAUCCGGAUUCCCAGCUGGUGCCUCACGUCUCCGAACGGGCCACCAAGGCGCUGAAAAAGCUUGAUCAGGGUGCCGGGCCCUCACAGAGGAUGGUUCUCCCUCACGUGCAGACCCGACGAAGGGAACUGAGUUCCCUGUUCACCCGGUCCUCGGGGUCACUGGUGUCAAGCUGUUCCCACAGCUCCGUGGUGUCCCUGGUCGACGUCAGUAAAGUCAAUGGCAACAACUCCGACACCACAGACUCCAAUGACUCUGAAAAUCGUGAUGGAGGCCGCAAACUGAGCCCGGGAGGAGAGGCGUUGCAGACAGGACAAACUCCAGAAAAAGAAGCAACAAAAGUCGAGGAGCAAAGAAAAGCCAAAUUAUCUCCUGGACUAAAUCUUGAUUCUGGAAAAACUAUCGUGCAAACAAAAGAAACGAAAGACAAUCACGGGGAAUAUUCAGAAUAUUCAAAGAAUAGUGUUCAAGAAUAUCCAGCAGUACACGAAGGAAUCUCCAAGAUGAAGACUCACAGCCCAGGGCCGGUGGAGAGUGACGUUAGUAUCUCAGUGUGUUCCCUUCAGUUCAAACACAUCCGGCGACCUGUGAGCCCAACGGACCGUCGCAGGAGAGGGUCAGGUCUAUGCUACUCUUCGUCCUCCGUGUACGCUGCCGAAGGACAGAGAACUGUGAUCCAGGAGUACACGUCUAGGAAUAGUUUUAAGGGAGACACAUCCAGAUCGCGGUACGCCACCCUCCAGAAGGUACCCGAACUCGAGAAGGUGAAUGCGAGACGCACCACGACCCCGUCGUCGGUUCUAAAGGAAUGUAUUAGAAUUGCCCGAAAUAGAGAGAGGCUCAGUGGGUUAAAUCAGCUGCAAGAAGAAGACGUGGGAGAGAACACGUCUUAUAGUCAAGACACAAACACAAAUUCAUCUCAGACGAGCGUCAAUUCGACAGUAACUAGUGAGGUUACCGAUCAGUCUCUUCUUCGAAACUCUCCUGUAUCUAACAGCCCAUCGAUCUCACCCAAUCUGUUUAGUCUAAGCUCCACUUUAGAAUACGAAGCAGCUGGCGGAAGAUCGGAGGCAGCAGACCAUACCCUGAGGUACGACACGCUACGAACAACCAGUGAUCUGUACCACUCUAGGCAGUCCUCCUUCAGGUGUGGCCUUAGCUCCUGGCACGCCCUCUCCGUCGCCACCGCUGCCAUCGACAAACACGAAUCCUCACAGGCAAAAAUCCACCCAGGUAGAGACCUGCCUGCCCACAAGAAUGUCAACAAGUUUGGACAGCAACUAAACACAGGUGACACAUACGAGGAUUUACCAGGUAAUAAAGGUCCGACAGCAAAAGCAAGUCCAACACACCCAAGAGCGCCGGAAACCCCAGCGCUGUGUGUGAGCAGUCCGGAUACCUCGGCCCAAGGAACGACUUCGACAUCAGCAGACGACAAGAGGGACAUGGAAGACAUCGACCACUACAACCCACAGAGACCGUCGGAGGACUGCACAAGCCUGCGUAAGACCAUCAUCAUGACAGACCUCGAUGAAACCGAUCUCUAGUUGCCGAAGGAGAUGAGGUGAUCUUGAUAGCAGCAAAGUGUCAACAAACAUGUUGAAGUGACUCUUACUCUAUAACCUCAAGCUUGCCCUUAACGGAUACAGAAUGUUUGGGAAAAGGAAAAUGGUUAUAGAGAGAGAAGGAAAAUCCUUAACACUCUUACCUUAGUGUCAUGUCUUUGUAUACCGAACUUAUACUCUCCUUCCUCAACCUGUGACGGAACUUUUUGUUAAUA